GAACCAUGUCAACCCAAAGCCCAGCACUACCAUCGUCCUCUUCUCCGCACCCGCGCCGUCGAACCCGCCUCCAGCCACCGAAGCGCGCCAGGCCGCCACUGACCCCGAAGGAAAUCCUCCCUCGUGGUCGUCAUCGUCCUUCUCUCUCCCCCCCCCCCCCAUCUACCGGGUAUUGGAUUGGCGUGGGGGUGGGGGUUGAUUUCUUCCGUUGACAUACCAUGAGUACAAGACUGCUGAAGGGCUUAAGCCUGAGGUGGCUCUUAGCGCAGCAAAGAAGCUCAGCUGAUUUUUACAGAAAUUCACAAGCAUGGAGCUCCACUGUAUCAUUUUCCGAUGUUGAUGAGAAGAAUGGCAUGGGUGGCGAAGGUGACGACGACUUUACAGGUCCUAGGAGGAAUAUAGAAUUCCGCGGCGUGUACCGGGCAAUCAUUUGUGGUAAAGUUGGACAAGCGCCUGUCCAGAAAAUAUUAAGAAAUGGGCAUACGGUAACUGUGUUUACUGUUGGGACAGGUGGCAUGUUUGACCAGAGGAUACUGGGUGCUGAGAACUUGCCAACGCCAGCUCAGUGGCAUCGGAUAGCUGUUCACAAUGAGCAGCUUGGUGCAUAUGCUGUUCAAAAGUUGGUCAAGAACUCUUCAGUUUAUGUUGAGGGUGAUAUUGAGACUAGAGUCUACAAUGACAGAAUCAAUGAUCAAGUGAAAAACAUACCAGAAAUCUGUGUGCGACGCAAUGGCAGGAUUAAAUUGAUACAAUCUGGGGAAAGUGAUGUCAGCAAAUCAUUGGAUGAGCUAAGGGAAGGACUUUUCUAGUUGCAAUGCGAUGGACUAUAGGCAAGACGAUGAAGAGUUGGUCCAGUGAUGUGCUGGACUUGCUCCUCGUGGAACAAGAUGUGGAAGUGAUUCUAUCAGGUUUAGCAGCAUUGUGUCUAGGAGUGAAGGUUUGCAUGUCCUUGCAGAUCAAAGCAGUCUGCUUCUUUCCUUUUGUUUUUUCAGUUCAGCUGCUAGGAUGGUCAUAUGGAUGUUGAAAUAAAUUUGUGGUGUCAUCUGAGCUAAUAUGGAGAGUGGAACCAUUUCACGCUAUCAAUCCGAUUAUAUUUAGCCGA